CGUAACCACGAGCAUUACCCGAAAAAAUCCAAGCACAUUUAUCAGUUCCUAUCUUUCUGAAUCUCAAUUAGAGCAUCUGGAAUUCUGUUUCAGAAAAAAGGGCAUGCGAUAUUGGGAUUGAGGCAAGAAUGGAGCCACUAGGCUUUAAAAAAAGAAAAGAAAAGAAAAGAAAAAAAAGGUAUUUGACGUGCCUGAAGCUGAUGCCCCGUACUGUAUGCAGGAGUAUAUACCCUAACCCAAAAAUAUAACACCUCAGCGACCUCAGAAUUAGUGGAUAUUAUCACAAAAAAGUGUGAUUUUUAUUUAGAUAUAGUAAUUGUAUUAUGUAUUAGUUACAUAAAGUAUACAUUUACAGGAGAAGCGGAGCAUUAAGUCACGUAAAUGAGUUAUAAUUCCUGAAUUCUCGCAGCGGCUGGUCGUAAACACGCUCACACACGCACCGAGAGCAACGAACUACGAUUCAGUAUUAAGAAUGCCACAGGCUGGAAGAGGUCGCGGAAUGACUGUUGGACAAGGAGAAGCACUGCGCAGGCCAGGACCAGUCAAUAGUGGUGGUGAUACAACCAGAGCCAAGACCAUAGUAGAAAGCAUCUUGAAAAUCAAAUCACCAGAUGAUCUACAACUCCAAGAUCUUGCUUCUGAGAUUAAAUCUACCAUGAAUGAUGAAGAGGAGCUAAAAUGGUUUGUGGAGGAAUUAUGCACCCAAGGUCUCAGCGAGCGCAACUGUGCACCAGUUGCAGCAAAAUUAUUUGGCUUAAUUGCCCAACACCAUGCAGGGGAGAGCAAGAUUAGGACCUUGUUACUGAGACGUGUCCAGAGUGAAUAUGCAAAAAAAGAUGAGUUAGCAGUCUCAGAUUGGUCACACUUUGUAACCUCUGCGCUGUUCCUUGGUGAGGUCUUCUACCAUGUGAAGUCUGAGCAGAAUACUCCCUUUAAAGUCUUGGCAGCACCCGUCCUCAAGUAUCUAGAGAUGAUAAUUGAGCCCAACUUGAAUAAAGAUGCCAACAAAAAUAUUGAUGAUGAUAUGAUUGUAGUUUCCAGACAGCUACUAUUGAAUGGUGCUGUUCUCCAUGAAGCAGUGCCAAGUGGUGUCUUAGAAGUGGUGCAGAGUGUAACCAAGAUACUGUGCCUGUGUCAGCUGAGCACAGCCACGCGAUUGAAUCUACUAGCUGCUCUUGCUGAAAUGUGGCCGAUCCUUGACACUAAUAAUGAUAUUCGUACUCAGCACGCAUUACUAGCUACAAGCAUUGGUGUCUCAUUGGAUAUUUAGUUAGUACAUGUCGUGUUAUUUUUGCUGUCUCUUUCAUUAUGAGUCUGCACUGUUCAUUUUAUGAAGAGAGAUGGCUUGAAUUCUCAGUAAUAAAUACAUUGUUAUCAUGCUACUCAUCUGAUUAGUAUGGGAAAAUGUUAUACAAAAAAUUACAUUACCGUCUUUAUGUUAUGUUUAACUGAAGACCAUUUUGUCUUGAAACCACGCAUCAUUCCUCAUUUUGUCGUCUGUUUACUUGGAUGCUGUGGAUUCAGUUUAUAUUAAAAUGACAAUAGAUCACGGUUUUUAUGCAUAUGCGAGUGAAGUAUUUUCUGCUGUUCUGUUAUGCUAUUUUACAUUUCUGCAAAUCAAAGAAAAGGGGUCAUACCAAAGUUAGUGUUCAUGCUUCUAGUCGAUAAUGAAAACCAAACAAACUAGUGAAAAGGUAGUAGGAUGAAUAUAUAAUAGACCUUAUGCCAAGUUUUCUUCUGUUUUGUGAUCGUCAUUCUAAUUCAAGUAGAAAUUCUUGAUUCCUAUAAUUUUCACCAUGACACAUUUGAGAUUACUUGUUUCUCCUUUUCAUUUGUCGGGUUUAUAUAGCCUUAUAAAAGUAAUUAAAUAUACAUAUAUAUAUUUUGUAUGUAUUUUUCUUUAGGGUAAUUAGAGUGUUAAUAUUUUAUGCUUAUUCAGAUCUGAAUAUUAUGAUUAAGGAGUGCGCAGCUUUUUUCCCCAAAUAAUACUUGUUUUACAAGUGUAUAAUUAUUUUGCGGCUUGAUCAGCAGAAUUAUUGUAAAUGAUGUUAUAAAACAGCUUAAAUUUUGUUGUUAACAGUCUUGUUUUCGUUAUUUAUAUUGUCUUUCCAUAUGGUUCUGGUGAGCCAAAUAGAGGGAUGAAAAAUAGUCCUGGAUUAGGCAGUGUUGAAGAUUGGCAGUUAGGGUGGUAGGCGAUGCGGUUUGUCUUUUUAUGAGAAUUUAUUCACAAAUAAUUCAGUUGGUAGAUUUUUUUUUCUUUCUUUCUUUUUUUCUUUUUUUCUUUUUCUUUUCUUUCUUUCUUUUUCUUUUCACAAUUGAAUAUGACUAUAAGUGAUUUUUUUUCUGGCAUAACAGAACCUGAAACAGAAAGGAAGUAUACACUGAUAAAAGUAUCUUAGCUUGGUAAGAAGGGAAAGAUAGAAUAAUCAUCAGAUGAGAGAUGGUUUAUUAUUUUUGUAUGAAAUAGGAUAGUUUUCUUCAUAUUCAUCUCUUUCUUUUUACUUUCUUUUUUUUAUAAAAGGCUACAAAAUAUAUUGGAAGGUGAAUUUUAUUUAUUUAUUUUUUUUUUCCAUUAGGCUAAAUCAAGAUGAAUUAUGAAGAAAGGAAUCUAAUAGUCAAUAACAUACAGUUAUGUUACUAUACAGUAACUUAAUAUGUUCUUCAAAAAAAUAUGAGAUUUUUUUGUUUUGAAUUUACCCUUUUUUUCUUCUUCUUCUUUCUUUCUUUCUUUCUUCUUCUUCUUCUUCUUCAUCUUCAUCUUCUUCUUCUUCUUCUUCUUCUUCUUCUUCUUUUUUCUUCCGUAAAAUUUCAGUGUUCAGAAUUUUUGGGUAUCUACUCUUUUAUGCUUUAUUUAUAACUCACAAUAAUGAUAAAAAAACAAAAACAAAAAAAAACAUUGUGAUAAAGACCAUUUAUAUAUUCCUAGUAUAUAUCUUUAGGACAUCUACAUUUGAUAUAAUUGGCACAAGAAUUCUUUCAAUUGGCUAAUGUUUGUUUUUAUUUUUAUUAUUAUUAUUAUU